UAUCAGCCCACGUCGGCCCAGCAUCUUCCCCAGGCCCGCCUCUCGCGCGUCGCCAUUCCCUCCCCUUCUUCCUCCGUGCCGCCGGUCGCAACCUAACCCGACCGACCCCAUGGCCGCCGCCGCCGCCAUCGCCGCGACGCUUCUCCGCCGCUCCGCCUCCUCCUCCUCCCACCGCCGCCUCCUCCUCCUCCCCCUCCUCUCGCACCUCCGCCGCUCUUCACCCCAACCCCCGUCCCCAUGGCUUCUACCGCAGAAUCGCUUCUUCUCCGCCGACACAGCCGGUGAUCCCAACCAGAAACCGCAACCUCUGGACCCGAAGCAGCUAUGGCGCGAGCUAUUCGCCUCGGAGGCCUCCUCCGGCUCCUCCCGCCUCCCUAAGGCCACGUGGGACGCCGUGGUGGCCCUCGUCCGCGGCUUCGCCAAAAACCCGGCCAUGUCCGACCAGGCGCUCGCGCUCUACGUCCCCGCCUCCGCCUUCCCCACCUACGUCCGCCGCUUCCGCGAGUUCCUCCUCCCGCGCCUUCCCCGAGAGUCCGCGGCGCAUCUCCUAUCCCUCCCGGCCGAGGACGCGCACGCGCUCCUCCUCCCGGCCUUUGCCGAGUUCUGCGUCUCCAACUUCGCGGAGGAGCUGAGACAGCACAAGUCGGUCAUGGCCGCGGCCGACCUCACGGUGCCGCACACCUGGUACCCCUUCGCGCGCGCCAUGCGCCGGCGGGUGGUGUACCACUGUGGCCCCACGAACAGCGGCAAGACGCAUAACGCGCUCACUCGCUUCGCUGCCGCCAAGUCUGGGGUCUACUGCAGCCCGCUUCGGCUCCUCGCCAUGGAGGUCUUCGAUAAGGUCAAUGCCCUUGGUGUCUACUGCAGCCUCCGCACCGGCCAGGAGGUUAAGGAAGUGCCUUUCGCCAACCAUGUGGCCUGUACUAUUGAAAUGUUGUCCACGGAGGAGCUCUACGAAGUCGCUGUGGUUGAUGAGAUACAGAUGAUGGCUGACCCUGUCAGGGGCUUUGCGUGGACACGCGCUGUGCUUGGGCUCAAGGCAGAUGAGAUACAUCUUUGCGGUGACCCUAGUGUGCUCAAGAUUGUCCGGAAGAUUUGUGCCGAUACUGGAGAUGAUUUGGAGGUGCAUCAGUAUGAGCGGUUCAAGCCGCUUGUUGUUGAGGCAAAGACACUUCUUGGGGACCUCAAGAAUGUCCGCUCUGGUGACUGUGUUGUUGCUUUCUCACGCAGGGAGAUAUUCGAGGUGAAGCUGGCAAUUGAGAAGUUUACAAAGCACAAGUGUUGCGUUAUUUAUGGAGCUCUGCCUCCAGAGACACGGCGACAGCAAGCAAAGCUGUUCAAUGAGCAGGAUAAUGAGUAUGAUGUGCUUGUAGCCAGUGAUGCGGUCGGUAUGGGGCUGAACCUUAACAUUAGGAGGGUUGUGUUCUAUAGCUUGGCGAAGUAUAAUGGGGACAGAAUGGUUCCAGUUGCUGCUUCGCAGGUAAAGCAGAUUGCUGGACGUGCUGGUCGGAGGGGCAGUGUUUAUCCAGAUGGGCUCACAACCACUUUCUUGAAGGACGAUUUGGAUUAUUUGAUCCAGUGCCUGCAGCAGCAGUUUGAGGAGGCACAGAGAGUUGGCCUUUUUCCUUGCUUUGAGCAAGUGGAAAUGUUUGCCAGCCAGUUCCCUGACCUUAGUUUCAAUGAGCUAUUGGAUAAAUUCCGUGAAAAUUGCCGUGUUGAUAAAACAUACUUCAUGUGUCAGCAGGAUAGUAUCAAGAAGGUUGCUAAUAUGCUUGAGAGGGUCCAGGGGCUAUCCCUCAAGGAUCGCUACAAUUUUUGUUUUGCACCAGUAAAUAUAAGGGAUCCAAAAGCCAUGUACCAUCUUCUAAGAUUUGCUACUCACUAUAGCCAAAGCCGUCGUGUUAGCAUUGCAAUGGGAGUGCCAAGGGGUUCUGCAAGAAAUGACACUGAGCUGCUGGACCUUGAGACAAAGCACCAGGUCCUAUCAAUGUAUUUGUGGCUGUCACACCAUUUUGAGGAAGAUAACUUUCCUCAUGUGCAGAAGGCUGAGGAAAUGGCAAUAAACAUUGCUGAUUUACUUGGCAAGUCACUUGCCAAAGCCUGCUGGAAGCCUGAAUCAAGACAACAAGUGAGGCAGCGACGAGAAAAAGAAGACGGGGAUGAGAGCAAUAAGGAACAGGCAUCAGAUGACAGUGCAAAGGAUGUUUCUGAAGGUGGUUAUGAACGGCCAAGGUCACUUGCUAAAACAUUUGUAAGGAAACGGCAGGACAGACCCAACGUGAAUUCUCCUUCCUUAAACUUUGCAGCAUGAAACUCUUUUGGGGCGAUCAACCUAAUUGGAUGCUACAAAAGACCCUGUUGAGCCAAGUUUGGACAGCUUGUUCAACCCCAAGCUUAACUAUGGCAUGCCACAGCUAUUCUCUCAGUUUUGACAUAAGUUAGUUUUGUCCAGAUUUGGUAUCCUGAAAAUGACACUGAAGCCUGGAAGGUGUGCUGCAACAUUUGCAUCAACAGACCCCUAUUUCAAUGGCACCACUGGAGAUUUAUGGUGAUUUGCUGUUGUGCAAUAUAGUAGGUUGCACGGCAAGGAGCAACCUGACGAGGGUCAAGAAGUUAACCACAAUUAAAAAAAUAGCUAUUUUGCGAUAUGCCACAUUAGAUUGCGGUGAUAGGUACCUAGGUAUAUGAUAAAGUUUUCAUUGAUUAUUAUCCAGGACGUUUUAGGUUAUUUAGUGACCCUCGACCUUCUGAUCCUGUAAUGUUUGGAGAGGACAGUAAUCAUAUGUGGCACUUGCAACAUUUCCACUUGGCGCGCCUUUUUGGAUUUUAGAUGCUAAAUAGACACGGUUUUUGUAGCUUUCGUUCCAGGUGAUUGCUGAAAUCAAUGAAACCAACGGCUUCGAUGGGGAUGCAGCAUAGUUCCAGGUACAUAACGAUCUAUUUUAUUGUUUGUAAAUGACUUGUGUUAGGAUGAACGCAUAUGACAGUUCAUUCAGGCCUACAAGAAAUGAGUUACGACCGAGGGGUUCAACUAUUUUA